AGGCGUGUGUGUGUGUGUGUUAAGUCAGCAAAGUUUUCUUCCUCAGCCUGUGCAGGCUCUCAUUAGAGAGGAGGAAGCUCUCUAGACUCUUCCUUUUCAUGUCCUCAUCUCCAGACGCCUCCGUUGCAUCUGCAGAGAAAUGAGGGUCGUGGUGCUGGUGGUCUGGGUCGGGCUGAGCCUUUGUUGGGCUCUGGUCAGCGCCGAAGAACCUGUGAAGGAGCAGCAGCUGUCAAGAGCCAAAGCUCUGGUGAGAGAACCCCGGGGGCUGAUCGGAGACCAGGGCAGAUGGGACGCUGAAAUGUCAGACGAGCCAGCUGAAGUUACAGUAGAGGAGAAGAGCAAAGCAAAGAAAAAGAAAAGCCCUGAGGAAAUCGAGGCCGCUAAAGCGAAGAAGGCAGCAGAGAGAGAGGCUAAAGCCAAAAAGCAAAAAGCUCCAAAGCCCACCAAGAAACCCAAACCGCCAAAGCCCACCAAGAAACCGAAGCCACCCAAACCCACAAAGAAGCCAAAGACGCCUAAACCCACCAAGAAACCAAAGCUGGUAACGACCACGGUGCAGCCAGAGCUCCGCCUUCCUCCUCUGGAGGAGGAGGAGGAGGAGGAAGUGGGCCUGGAAACAACGAAUCAACCCGAGUUUCCAACGGAGCCCGUUGAGCCAGACCUGGACAAAUGGAUCAGAGGACACAAGAAGGAAGACACAACCACUGAGGUCAUCAUGUACAUACCAGAGGAAACCACGUCUGUUCCAUUCGCUGGUCCCUGGUAUGAAGAGUAUGAUUACUCUGACUUGGCAGAGGCAAUAGCAAAGAAACAACAAGAGGAGGAGGAGAGAGCCCGCAAAGAGAAAGCAGAGAAAGCUGAGCGGCAGAGGAAACAAUGGGAGGAGGAAGAAGCAGAGAGACUGAAGCAGGCGGCUUUUCCUGCUCAGCCAAAAAAGUGUCCUCCUUUGGGCUUGGAGUCUCACCGGGUGGAUGACGACCAGCUGCUGGCUUCCUCUCAGUCUCACCACGGCUUCGCGGCUCAGAGGGGACGCCUCAACAUGCAGAGCUCUGAAGAUGAGGAGGACAUGUAUGGAGGUGCAUGGUGUGCAGAGCCUGAGGACAAGGAGCACUGGUUCCAGGUGGACGCUCGGCGAGAGGUGGAGUUCACCGGAGUCAUCACCCAAGGGAGGAACUCAGAGCAACUGGAGGAUUUCGUAUCGUCCUACUUUGUGGCCUUCAGCAACGACAGCCGGGACUGGACGGUGCUGCACGAUGGCUACGCUGAAUGGCUGUUCUAUGGGAACGUGGACAAGGAAACACCCGUGAUGAGUCAGUUCGCCGCACCGGUGGUGGCGCGUUACAUCCGGAUCCUUCCCCAGAGCUGGAACGGCAGCCUAUGCCUGAGAGCCGAAGUCCUGGCCUGUCGGCUACCAAGCAGCUACCACAGUGAGAAUGAGGUCAAUGCGUCUGACGAUCUGGACUUCAGACAUCACAACUACAAGGACAUGAGACAGAUGAUGAAGGUGAUAAAUGAGGAGUGCCCCAACAUCACAAGGAUCUACAACAUUGGGAAAAGCUCACAAGGCCUCAAGAUGUACGCCAUGGAGAUCUCAGACAACCCAGGCGAACACGAGACAGGUGAACCCGAGUUUCGCUACACAGCAGGUUUCCAUGGCAAUGAGGCUCUGGGUCGGGAGCUUCUCCUGCUAUUAAUGCAGUUCCUCUGCAAAGAGUACAGAGAUGAAAACCCAAGAGUGCGACGCUUAGUGGACGGAGUGAGGAUUCACCUGGUGCCAUCACUGAACCCAGAUGCCUACGAGCUCGCCUAUGAGAUGGGCUCAGAGAUGGGAAACUGGGCGCUGGGUCAUUGGACUGAAGAAGGUUAUGACAUCUUCCAGAACUUCCCAGACCUGAACAGCAUCUUGUGGGGAGCCGAGGACAGAGGCUGGGUACCUCGCAUAGUGCCCAACCAUCACAUUCCGCUGCCAGAAAACUUCCUCGGUGGUUCUCUUGCAGUUGAGACCAAAGCCAUAAUUUCAUGGAUGGAGCGCAAUCCAUUUGUGCUCGGAGCCAAUUUACAAGCAGGAGAAAAAAUGGUGGUGUACCCUUUUGAUAUGCAGCGUCCUCCAAUUUCUCUAACCGACAGUCGACGUUGGAGGGUUAAUGCUGAGAUGAACGAAGAGACCUGGGCUCGUAUUCAGAGGCAGAACGAAGGAGCGCUCAGAGAGACUCCUGAUGAUGCCAUGUUUCGCUGGUUGGCAAUGUCAUACGCACACAGCCAUCUAACCAUGACUGAGACCUAUCGGGGAUCCUGCCACGGUGAUGAUGUCACUGGAGGACAGGGGAUUGUUAAUAGAGCCAGCUGGAAACCAGUGGUGGGCAGUAUGAACGACUUCAGCUACCUUCACACCAACUGCUUUGAGCUCUCCGUCUUCCUCGGCUGUGACAAGUUUCCUCAUGAGAGCGAGUUGGCGCUGGAGUGGGAGAACAACCGCGAGGCUCUUCUGUCCUUCAUGGAACAAGUGAAUCGGGGAAUAAAAGGUAUAGUAAGAGACAUGGAGGGAAACCCGCUGCCUAACGCCACAAUAACUGUGGAGGGAAUCCGGCAUGAUGUCAAAACUGCUGCCAGCGGGGAUUAUUGGCGGCUGCUGAAUCCCGGUGAGUACAAGGUGACGGCCAAAGCUGACGGCCACACGCCUCAAACGCGGCUCUGCAUGGUGGGCUACGACACUGGAGCUACUCCCUGCAGCUUCACCUUAGCCAAGUCCAACUGGGACCGCAUUAAAGAAAUUAUGGCGCGCAACGGGAACAGGCCCAUUCGACUCGUCACCAAAACGAACAGGGUGAAGUCUACCGCUUCGAGCACUACGGCACAGCCCGCCGUCACAGGGGAGGAGAGUCAGGCCAACUCUCAGAGAGCCGAGCGACUCAGACGGUUCAGACUGAUGCGUCUACGCAAAUUGCGCGAAAGGUUAAGAGGCAGAGUCACCACCACCACCCUUCCAACAACAACGACGACGACGACAACUACAACACAACCACCUGAUGCUGAGAGCACAACUUCCUGGUACGACUCUUGGUUUCCUGUGGACAGCUAUACAGAGAACCCGUUUGACACCUUCAUAUUUGGCUCAGCACCUACACAAGAGUAUAAUUUUGAAUACACCAUUGAUUAACAAAAAUAAAUAAAUCACUAUCUAUCUGCACAACUCCUCAAUAACCACACAUUACAAACUACUACUUCUACAGUCUUUUAAUGAGUUUUCUAAAGGAAGAGAGAUGCACCAAAAAAUUUGCAGUUUUUCAACUCAACUGAUCCAGAGUAGUGACUAGUAACUUUAACUAGAAACUUUAAAUCUGAUCAGUAAACGCACCGUGUCUAAGAGCCAACAGUUUGAAAAUGCAGAUAUCUGUGGUGUGAAAGUGGUUGCUUAGAAAGACUUUACAGGUCUCGGUACUUGUGCACUGUAUAAUAUUAAGACAGAGGAAGCACAUAUGUAAGAUAACAGGAAGGCUGAACAUGCACUGCUUGAGCAAAGAAAAAAAUCACUAACUGGACUGAACAAGUCUCCUCAUAGAUAAGUAUUGCAUAAUAUUUCAGCCAGCAACAAGUUAUUUAACCCCAACUGAUGCAAUGUGUAAAAAUAAAUUUUAAAGUCACAUCCUGUGGUCGAAGAAAAUAUAUUAGUCUGUUUAAGAAGGGUCAGUUUAUUAUCAGAACUGUCCAACACAUUAAAAACUGGAAGGGAAGGAAACCUGGGAAGCAUCGUCCCUAAGGAAGAAAUAUGGUUGGAAAAAAAUCCUGAAUGGUCAUGAUCUGUGACCACUUGAGUGUUCGGUGACAUCAAACCGAAGACUAACAGUGGAACUCGAAGCAAUGUUAUGUUUAAUAACAAAAGCAAGAGCAUUUCCACUCUCACAAUGUGGAGGGAACUGAAGGGCUUUUGGGACUGAGCAGCUGUAGAAAACUACUGACCAGGGAGGCCAACUGGAGAAAGAGGAGCAGAAAAAUUGGACUCUAGAGCAAUUUAACAAGGUCAGGCAAGUGAUGCAUCCAUCAUGUCUAGUGUCUCCUUUACAAGCCUUUGGCGGCAUUGUAUAUGAUCUGGGGUUGCUGCAGUUCUUCUGGUCAAGGUUUAGCUGACUGCUUGAAUAUAAUGAAUGACCAGGUUAUUCAGACUCGUCCCCCAACUCAACCACAGAAUCCAUUAAGAAUCUUUGGGAUGUUCUGAAAAAGACUUUGCACCGUGGCCAGACUUUCCCAUCACCAAUGCAACAUCUUGGUGAAGAAUUCAUGCAACACUUGAUGAAAAUAAAUCCUCUAUAUCUGAGACGACUUUUUUUCAGAACCUCAUCAAAAGGUUCUGAAAUCCCACAAUAUAUGCUGUAAUCAAAACUAAAGGUAGUUCAGAGGUGCAUUAGUUUGAGACCUGUUUGGUUUUUUUGGUCAGGCAGUGUGAUACAGCGACGUUGCACUGUUCUGUCCUCAAGUGAUCGAUCUCUGUCCGUCAUUGAACAUGAUGGAUUUGGGAAUGUUGUCAGAAAGGUGGAAAUCUCCUAAUUAGAGGAUCUGAAUUUUCUAUUGCAGGGUCUCAAACUUUAGUCCUCGAAGCCUGGUAACCUGUAGCAACGUGUCCCUGAUCCAACACACUUGAAACAAAAGGGUAUUGUCUUCCCAGCAGGUAGUCAAGUUCUUUAGACAUCUGGCAAUGACCUAGUUAUUUGACUUGUGUGUUAAAGCAAAGAUGCAUCCGAAUGUUGCAUUUAGCAUUUUUCAAAGUGGAGUUUGACAUCGGUGUUCUAGGGAAUGAAACUGAAGAUCAAUGCCGACAGUCACAAAUGAUAACUACAACAUAAAGUCUGUAAUCAGUUUUUGUUUCAAAGGUAUUGAAACUAAUGUUUUAAACUAAUGUUUUAAAGUCCCUCCUCUCCCCAACACAUGGCAUGCUAAUAGAAAUAUUUAGCAAUCCCUCACAGUAGGAAGGGUAGAAAAAUGUUUUGAAUACCAUUCUUAUUCCUGGCAGUUUUUCAGGAGAACUGGGAGUCAACCAAGAUUGGAAUAGGCAGGUAAAAUCUUCACAAAGCCAGAGACUGAAAAAUGGUCUCGAAACUCUGAUGAAUAAAAAGAAUGGAUUUUUAUGAGGCUUUCACUUUAAAGCUACCACUGAAUAGUCUGCAGAGCAAAGACUGGAUUAGAGUCAAAACAAAUUGAAAAUACAGGUACAUGUUUAAAAAUUUUACAUGUUCAGUAUUCUUUACUUAUUAAAGAAAGUUAAAUUCACAUACUGUAUGGACUCAUAUAGUGAAAUAUUUCUUACCUUUAUUUUUGGUCAUUUUUGUGAUUAUGACUUACAGAAAGCGAAAAUCCAAAAUUCAGUGUCUGAGAAAACUAGAAUAUUGUGAAAUAUUGGAAAUCAUGGUGCCACAGCCUAAUCAGCUAAUUAACCCAAAACACAUGUAUAGCUGUCAAGGUUGAUUGGAAAUUGUGAAAGGGAGAGUUUGUUGGCCAGUUGUUUUUUUUUAUGCAUCUCUACGUUCCACUGCAAACAGAACAAGCAAUGUUUUCACAAGUAAACUUGCACGUUUUGUUUUUGUAUCAUCUUUAUUUUUUUACACUGAUUUCUUGUACUGGCUGAAUGCAUUAAGAUAAAAUAUAAACCGAGUUGUUAUGGUUGGAGUGGAAACAAUAAAGGUUUAAAUGUA